CGGUUCCGGGGCGGGCGGCGCAGGGGCCGCGGCCAUGGCGCGCCGGCAGAAGGCGAAGGCGGCGGCUGCGGGCAAGCGCAAGGCUCCCGCCGCGCUGCCCAGUCCGGCCUCCUCCUCGGAGGACGAGGCGGACGAGGCCCCGGAGGAGCUGCCCUUCGGCGUGGCGAGGGAGGCGGCCGAGGCCGAGCGGAAGCUCGUGGGGGAGGCGGCGCGGAGGCACCGGGAGCUGCUGAAGGAGAAGCGGCGGCGGCACCAGGAGCUGUUCGCGGAGCAGAAGAAGCGCAAGCUGCUGCCCGAGGCCGUGCUGCAAGAGCUGCAGGAACUGCAGGAGCUGCAGGAUGUGUCCUCACGGCCCGCUGAGCAGGCUGCAGCAGAUGACCCAGUUACUCUAGGUGAAGAACUUGAAGCUGAGGCUGUAGAGCUGGAGCAAGGCCAGGCCCAAAGGCAAGGCCAAACUGAAGUGCAGAAGAAAAGCAAGAGGAGCAAGGGUGCCAGGACAAAAGGGAACUACGUGGCUGUAUGCUUGAAAGACCACAGUGCAACAGGCCUCCACCAACAGCUGGCCAGAGACUUCCUAAAUGCUCAGCUCUAUGGGCCACACACCAACCGCGUACCGGCAAAUGAAUUUUUCUCCCUUGCAAACAAGAGAGGCCCUGUCAAAAAAGCUGCUGUUCAGUUUGUGGACAAGUCUUGGGGGCAAGAUAAAAAGGAAAAAGCAGCAAGGUUUAAGAAACGCUGGCUGGCAACACAUAUUAAAAAUGGAGUUUGAAGACAGUUUUUUCAGAAGAUGCUGCUUAAGGACUUUUAGUGACAGUUGAUCUCAACACAACACAGGUGUUUUUCCUACUUCAUCAUCACUCUGCUUUCAGCUCCAGCCAGCAGAAGGCACUGAGUUGAGCCUGAUUGGAUUUCCCUGUUCUCUUCUCUCCCCUUUCAGAAGUUCUUGGGGAAGCUACAGAGCAGCCAGGCCAGUGUUUUAGAACAGCUGGUGCUAGGACCAGGCUUGCUGAGCUGCCUCCGUGAGGCAAUGCCUUUGCAGAGAAUAAAGAUGAGCAAUGUUGUACCUAC